AUGUCCAAAAGCUGGACGAAGGGCUUAUUCGCAUUUAUGACUUUUAUGUAUUUAUUUUAUUAAAAAAACAUGAUCAGCAUACAUUUAAAGAUGCAACAUAAAAACAUAUUCAAUCUUUAGAAAAAGUCACCUGCACAUCAAAUUCUCCAUUGCACUUGUGACGACUCUCCACUGGGCGGCGUCAUUUUCACCUAAAGUAUAUGUUUUCAUCACGUCCACUAGAGGGCAAUGUUAGACAUUUUAGACUUCAUUAAGUGUAUGAUUUAGUCCACAAUCAGCGGCCAUUACUGGAUACAUAAACCUCCUUGGACGCCAUCUUGUUCAUCUUUUCUAACUAGUAAUUGAUGGUUAUUAUUUGUAUUGAUAAUAGAAGUGGAGUUUAAUCAGACAAACAUGAUCUGACUGAGAAAACAAAGCAGCUGGUGUUUGUCAAUGACACACCAUCAUCAUCGUCAUCGUGACCUUCUACCCUCUACUGAUAUGUAAGCAUAUUUCCAUUGAUUGAUUGAUUGAUUGAGAGAGGCAGGCAGGUAUGUAGCUGUUGAUUACUCUCACCUGGUGUCUGAUGGCCUACGCCCCCUCCUGAAACGCCGCCCCCUGACCUCAGGCGAGUAAGGAUAGGCCGUUGCUCCCACAAAAGCCUUCCUGCUCCUCCUCUUCCUCUCCUUUACUGUGAAGAGUCAGGUGUUGUUGGGAGCGUCUUGAAGGUUCACCAUGGGGGCUCUUCAGUGCAUCAAGUAUCUGCUGUUUGUCUUCAACUUCCUCUUUUGGCUGGCCGGUACUGGCGUCCUGGCUGUGGGUCUUUGGCUGCGAUUCGACUCCAGGACCUCCGGACUCUUUGAGGGCGAGGACUCUCCUUCGGUCUUCUUCACUGGUGUGUACAUCCUGAUAGCGGCGGGCGCUCUGAUGAUGGUGGUGGGCUUCCUGGGAUGCUGCGGUGCCAUCAAGGAGUCUCCGUGCAUGCUGGGUUUGUUCUUCCUCUUCCUGCUCCUCAUCUUCGCCGUGGAGGUGGCCGCCGGCAUCUGGGGUCUGUCCAACAAGGAGCGUGUGGUGGAGGACGUGAGCGACUUCUACAAGCAGACGUACGCCAACUACAAGGACACCAGGCAGGAGGCGCUGAAGGAGACCUUACGCCUCAUUCACUUUGGACUGAACUGUUGUGGACCAACGGGCUCUGUCAUUGAUGCGGCUAAGGACAUCUGCCCCAAGAAGGAGGGCCUGGAGUUCCUGGUAACCACGAGCUGCCCGGCUGCCAUCGAGGGGAUGUUCAACAACAAGCUGCACAUAAUCGGUGGCGUGGGCAUUGGCAUCGGCGCCAUCAUGAUCUUUGGGAUGAUCUUCAGCAUGAUGCUCUGCUGUGCCAUCAAGAGGUCCAGAGACUUCGUUUAAACCUUCAAACGCUCACAUCUUCGCUUCUGUAACAUCCUUUUAACUUGGCGACGCUUGGGUGCACGCAGGACGGCCAUCUCGGACGUGUGAGUGUGGUGCCCGAGCUUUUCAACUUUGAGCUUGUUCAUGUUGUGCUCUGCUGGGAGCACGAAAGGAGUUUUUAGUUUGAGCGCUAACAAUGUGCUAAUAUUUAGCCUGUUUUAAAAAGCUAAUGUAUUUUUCUUUUUACGUGUUUGUAAAGUGGCAAAUAAAUCAAUUGAGUGAU